ACAGUCUAAGUUGUCUCUCUUUGUUAAUGCAAUAACAUGGCCGCGCACAGGUGUGUUAAGGUAGCAUAACUAAGAUAACUGUAAGAUACUUGUUGCUCGUCCAGUAGAAGAUUAUUGAAUAAAAUGGAUUUUACCAUGCUGCUGUUACUGACAUGUGUUGGAUUUCCGCUUUGCUCAGCUCUAAUGUGUACACAAUGUCACUCACUGACUGCAACAAGCGUCAUGAACAUGGGGACCGUGUUUCAGUCCAUACUCCCCAAUCUGCAUGACCCCCAGUGUGGCCUGGCCUACCAUAGCUUGAUGACCACCACCCCCACCCCCAUGCAGCCCUUCAAUCAGCAGCCAGUGCUCCCAACCACCUGUACCAUCAGUGCAGUUGGGGGCACUAACACAGAGAUCAGGUGUGGCUUCUACAAAGGAUACAUAGAGGUCAUGUCUCAGGAUGGCAUAGGGACUGCUUCUCUGAACGUGUUCUCUAUGACAUGCUACAAUGUUGACAUCAAUGUAGACUGGGGGUGCACGGCCCGCGAGUUUCCUCUUCCUGGGGACAAUCUUCACUUCGAGAACAUCCUGCAAAGUAAAUUCUCCAACACGGUGGUGCUAACUCGCUUUGUGGGUAGUGUGUGUUACUGCCGCCGGACAGACUGCACAGAUGUCAUCAAUGGCAGCUCCAAGUUAACUUCCCCGGUCCUUUGGAGUGCUCUUCUUGGUCUUCUAUUAGUACUUGUUAAGAAAUAUCAGUAUUGAAACUCAUUGACUAGUAUAUAUACCAGUACUUUUUGUGUGCUUGUAUUUGGUUAAAUGUUUUACUCAUCUAUUUUAAUGAAAACCUCAAUUUAAACAAAUUGCCAUCAUGAACCUAGAUUUUUUUUUAGAAAAUGUACCGUAUUAUGUUUAUCCAUCUCUUAUUAAUACUCAAGACCUUAUCUAAAGUAAAGAUGGAUGCCUUGUUACUGCAAGAAGUUGAAGAAUGAUUUUACAUUGAAUAUCAUCUUCCACAUUUCAAAUAAAAAUGUGCCAUUUACAUAUACAUGUAUAGAUCUAUAUUUUAUAUAUAUUUUCAAUGUUAUUUCUCAAUUUCAAGACUUUUACUUAUGUAUUUUUAUUUAUACCCAGUUACAUGUACAUGUAUCUGCAAACAUGAAUCUCUUGAACAUUUCAUCAUAUAUGCAUAUCUUAAAAACAUUAAUUACUACAAAUAAUCAAGGUACUAUGCAUUUCUGGAUAUUUUUUGUUAUAUGUAAUGCAUUAUUCAUGCAUUUAUCAAAAUGUAUAUUUGCAUGACCUUCAUUAAUAAAGAUUUACAAUAACCAUAGUAAA